GUCCUCGACAACCCAAAGGUAAGAGACCUGUCAGAUGCGCAGCUCGCUCGUCUUCGCGAGAUUGUCGACCGUGAGAAGGUUGUCGAAGGCGAUCUCAGGCGCGAAGUCAACAUGAACAUACGUCGGCUUAUGGACAUCGGCUCCUAUCGGGGCCUGCGACACAGGCGCGGUCUGCCUGUCCGGGGCCAGCGAACCAAGACAAACGCAAGGACCAAACGAGGCAAGCGAGUCGCCGUCGCCGGACGGGGACGGACCACCACCAAGAAGUAA